AUGUCCCACUCUUCCAAGCCUCGAUCCCACCCUUGUGGUCUUUGUGACAAGUCUACUGCCCAGGAAUCAACGGUCAACAGGCACCAGCGAGGGCAUGGUGAAGAGAAACCCUACAAAUGCCCAUACUGCAACAAAAGUUUUAGCCAUUCUUCUGGUUUGGUUCUGCAUAAACGGACCCAUGCUGCGGAGAAGCCUCAUACCUGCCGUAUUUGCAGCAAGACAUUCAUUUCCUCUUCUCAUCUGACGCUCCACAUGCGCUCACACACCGGAGAGAGGAAGUACAAAUGUGGCGUAUGCUCAAAAAUGUUCAUGCAGUCGUCCCAACUUAUGUGUCACAAGGCCAUCCACUCAGGCGAGAAACCAUUCAAAUGUCCAGACUGCAACAAGUGCUUUGGCCGAGCCUCACACUUGAAAACCCAUCAGAGGCUGCACACGGGUGAAAAGCCUUUUAAGUGUACACAGUGUGAUAAAGCUUUUAUACAAAAAGCCGGACUUGUAGUUCACAUGCGCCUGCACACAGGCGAGAGGCCUUUUAAAUGCGAAAAGUGUGGGAAGGGCUUCCGCACAUCAACUCACCUGCUGAACCAUCAGGCUCUGGAGUUAAGUGAGAGCAGGUACGUCUGUGCCACGUGCGAAAAAGGCUUCAGGUCAAUGUCAAUGUUAAAACAACAUGAAAAAAGCCACCAGACGCUCUGCUGUAGCGUGUGCUCGGGAGCCUUCGCACAAUCCUCAUAUCUGCAGCUGAAACUGCACAUACGCAACGGAGAGCAUCUCUACCAUUGCAAGGUGUGCAACAAGACGUUUAUAAAGAUGUCCACCUUCGAGAAACACUGCGUAAAGCACCAGAUGCAGACGGAUGAAGGAGAGGCCGAGUGCGAAGAAGAGAAAGCUGGGGAUGAUCCCCUAUUUCAGCCUUUUGUCACAGAUUCCUCAACAUCCUCGAAAUCAGAAGUCAACACACGUUCCAAAACAAGAGCAAAAAUUAGGAGUAAAAUGGAAAACUGA